AUGGCGGACGAAGAAAAUGGGGAGUUUUACCUUCGGUACUACGUGGGGCACAAGGGAAAGUUCGGGCACGAGUUCUUGGAGUUCGAGUUUAGGCCAGAUGGGAAGCUCAGGUACGCCAAUAACUCCAACUACAAGAACGACACCAUGAUCCGCAAAGAGGUCUUCCUCACCCCCGCCGUCCUCAAAGAGUGCCGCCGCAUCGUCGCCGACAGCGAGGUGGAANCGGACGAAGAAAAUGGGGAGUUUUACCUUCGGUACUACGUGGGGCACAAGGGAAAGUUCGGGCACGAGUUCUUGGAGUUCGAGUUUAGGCCAGAUGGGAAGCUCAGGUACGCCAAUAACUCCAACUACAAGAACGACACCAUGAUCCGCAAAGAGGUCUUCCUCACCCCCGCCGUCCUCAAAGAGUGCCGCCGCAUCGUCGCCGACAGCGAGAUAAUGAAGGAAGAUGAUAACAACUGGCCCGAGCCUGACCGCGUGGGCCGGCAAGAGCUUGAAAUUGUGAUGGGGAACGAGCACAUAUCAUUUACUACUUCUAAGAUCGGGUCACUCAUGGACGUCCAAUCCAGCAAAGAUCCUGAAGGCCUUCGUAUCUUUUAUUAUCUUGUUCAGCGUUUGAUGGACCCUUCUUGGACUAUUCAAGUUGUCUUUGAGUUUGGGACUUGCAAGAGAAAGAAAAGUGGAAUUUCAGUUUGUGUAAUCUCUCAUCAUUGGCUAUAUGAUCUUCCUCCACAAGCUCAUUCAAUGUAUAAUAGCACACGACAUCAAAAGGACUCUAAGCACUACCAUGUGGCUAGGGAUGUUUCCUGGCCUUUGUUGCUCCUCUUUGGGGGUGGGUUUGGUCUUGCCAAGGUGUGGAAAGAGCAGGGAAAUGAUGUGGGAACGCAAUACAGAUCUGGAAUAUACUUCUAUACACCUGAGCAGGAGAAGGCAGCAAUAGAGUCCAGGGACAGACACCAGAAGCAAAUGAACAGGAAGAUUGUUACUGAGAUUUUACCUGCCAAGAAAUUUUACAGAGCAGAAGAGUAUCACCAGCAAUACCUCUCAAAGGGGGGUCGAUUUGGGUUUAAGCAAUCUGCUGAGAAAGGCUGCAAUGAUCCAAUUCGUUGCUACGGCUAG